AGAGUAGGAACGAACCAUGAAUGGAAAAGAAAAACGUUUUGAGAGAAGCAACUUCCAAAUAGAAACUUGACUUACUAAAAUAAUCACUUCUUUCCCUUUCUUCACUUAGGGUCAUUCCAUAACUCAACGAUCAAUCAAAGCCAUUCUUUUCUAUUUCACGAUAACUUCAGAUCAGACAACAAAUCAAAAAUCCGACAUCAAAUCAUCAUCAUGGAAUCGAAUGCUGCAAUGGAAAAUAAUCCUAUUCCAGCUGCUGCACCACCUGAGAUGACACUCAACAUCAAAUCAAGGCUUUUUUCUCCCAUAACCUCCAUACGUUCCAUCGGUAUUCCACAAUUAGGAUUUGGAGUCUAUGAUUGUCAUGGACAAAAGUGUAUCGAUGCUGUUUCCAUCGCAUUAAAGACUGGAUAUAGACAUAUUGACACUGCUCAGUAAGAACUCAUUCCUAUGCUUUACCAUACAUGCUACGCCAUACAUGUUAUUCCACAAAGGUUACCUCUGAGAUGAUUUCGACAGCUAAUAAUCACAGAUACUAUGGAAACGAAAAGGAGGUCGGGUUCGCGAUCAAAGAAUACAUGAAAGAGUCCGGCUUAAAACGCCAUGAACUGUUCAUUACGACCAAGAUUCUCACACCUGGUGGAUCGGUGGAUAAAUCCCAUGAAAAAUGUCUAGAUAGCAUUAAAGCUCUCGAUGAUAGUUUACGUGGUUAUGUUGAUCUAUUUUUAAUCCACAGCCCAAAUUGUGGAGCUGAUAGUCGUUUGGAGAUGUGGGAGGCCCUCGAAAGACUCUUCAAGAAAGGAAAAGCACGUCUGAUUGGCGUUUCAAACUUUGGUGUUGGCCAUAUUGAGGGAUUGAAACGAGGAUGGCGACCUCUUCGAUGGAAUGAAUUUUCCGAAAUUAUUUGGCCACCCCAUGUUAAUCAAAUUGAGGUAUGUGUUUCACUUUGUAACCAUUUUCUGCAGGUCUAACUACAUCAGUUGCACCCAUUUUGCCAGCAAAGGACUGUGGUGGAGUACUGUACGACCAAUGGUAUCCACGUUGAAGCUUAUUGUCCCUUGGUCAGGAACCAGAGGAGUGAUGAUACAGUCCUUAAUGGUAUCGCAACCCUCUACGACAAGACUGUGGCUCAGGUAUUGAUACGAUAUUCCAUGCAAAAGAAAUGGAUUCCUCUCCCCAAAAGCGAGACCCCUUCAAGAAUUGCCGAAAACGCCGAUGUAUUCAAUUUUCAACUUUCCGAUUGGGAUAUGUAUCAAAUCGAUAGCUUAGAUGAAGGCGAUAGAGGUUCCAUUGUUCAAGCCGUUACGAAUGAGUUUGAGGAUGAAGUCGAAAACCGUGUUAUCCCUGAGUUCAAGGUCGAGGUUAUGAACAUGCCUGGGAUCGAGUAGCAAUGUGAUUGGGUGGGAUCUCCCAUUAUAUGGAACGAACUUACUGGAUAACUUGCGACUUUGAUAUUUGAAGCUCGCCAUCCAAGAAGGUUCAAGGAUAUUAAUUGAACAUACGUUGCACGAAAUGAGAUACAUCGGGUGGGUUGUUCGUGAAAUUACACUCUGAGUUCACGCCUACAAGUUAGGCGAUUAUUGAAGUAUGCGUUAUACCAAAGCAUCAGUUAGCAAGUUUCAAGUCAAAAAUUUUAAUAAUUU